UCCUUUGUUUUGUACAGAAUAUGGCUGCCAUAUUUAGCUUAGAUGUCUGUUUUCAAAAGUGCUGGAAAAUAUGUGUUGAAUAUUCCAUAACGUUAUAGCGAAAAAGUCAUGGGUUUGUGGAAGUAGUCAGUGAAACAUGUUAGAACUGUAAAAUAUAAUUUUACAAUCUGAUAUAGUAGUAGUUUUGCUGAAAAAUGUUAGUGUUUACAUCCGAUACCAAAAACUUCCUUUUCAUUUUUGGCAUUUUGGGAAAAAAACGCUGAUCUGGAUUCCUCGAACUCAGUACUAGAGGGUGGUGGCGGGGAAACCGCCAGUUAUUUGCUAACGCAUUUGGAGCAAGAAGACAAGGAGAAUGGAUCAAACCCAGUGGUGUCUGAAGUCAUGAAUGUAUGUUUCGAAUCUGCAAACGUGCUCACCAGCUCGGUGGGCACAUCCUCAGCCCCGCCUCACCUCGCGGCGGAAACCAGUAUAGCUCAAGCGACCCCCGUGAAUCAAUCAAAUACCGUCGUUACGAAUUUCAUCCAGCAGCCUGUCGCAGCGAGCGUCAUCCAGACAGGUACCGAUAAGAUCGAACAGGUCCCACCUACCAAGAGCAUCGCGAAGAUCCUCGUUGCGAAUCACUCUCCUUGCAGUGGCGGACCUGUCCUGCAGAAGGUGGUCAAUCCACCCCUGAUCACCGUUCUGAACCCUUCCGGACCUCUGACGGUCGUUAAAAGUAUCUGCGUUACUUCAGGAGUGUCGAGCGCAUCGCAUUUCACUUUCGUUAAUUCCACUCCGUUGACGGUGACGAACGCGUCGGUCAAGUCUCCUACCAUUACCCUUCUGAACGCCCCGGUGACUGUUGUCAAGGCCAUAACUGCUCAGCAGCAAUCUACCGACAAGAGCUCGGGCAGCGAAGCAUCUCAGAAUGUCCAGAGUUUGUCCGGCUCAGCUCCGCCAGUUCAGAAUGUCAUUGAGAAUAGAGGCCAUAAUGUGUUUGUCAAAAACACUUCCCCAGACUCGGCAGUUCAGGAUAUUCCACAAAGCCACAAAUUGCUUACGGCCAGCAAUUUUCCUCAAACUAAUGUGUUGGCAAGCCAACAAAGUAAAAUCCUCAACGGUCAAAGAAACAAGUUGAAGAUCAUUAGUAAUGUAGUAAUGCCUGGGAGUUCUCAACUAGGUAACAAUAUUUUGUUGAACAAAACGAACCAGCAACGGUUUCUCCCGAGGCCGAAACUAAUCAGCCCCAAUGGCGCUACCGCUAAAUAUCUGAACAAAACCCCAAACAACCUGAUGAAACCCAGUACGAAUCACACAGUGAAGCUGUUGCAGGACAAACCCUCGAGCAAGAUCGUCUAUCCCACUCACAAAAGCCACAUCAAAACGCUACCACCAGUGAACAGCUACAUGCAGAAGACCCAGCAAGGUGUCAAGACGAUUUCACCGCAGCACAAGCCGGUCCCUGGGCAGGUGCAGAGAACUGGUUCGGGACUCAGAACGAUCCCGCCGCAGCGGACCCACAAAAUGCCAAACAAACCUAAUUACAUUGGCAAGCAUGCCGCGCAGGCCCAGAAAAUGAGACAAGGCCACGGAAAGGCUCUGACCGCGCAGAUUAUCGAAACGUUGAGUAACUCCAGCACACCCAUGCCCAGCAGCAGGUACGACAUGAUGCCGACGAGGUAUGACAGCGCCUUCAGCUGUCCCGAUGCGAAGCAGGUUCAUGAUGCGCACAAACAACAGGAGGAGAAGUCCAAGUCCGGUUUAGACGCUUUAUCUCUCAUAUGCCAGGCAGUUCUCUUGGACCACAACUACAACGCCACCCUGCCACCGGAUUCUCCGACCAGACCUUCUCCACCAUUAAACAUAUCAUCGCAGGUUAACGGAAUCUCUGCACCUUCCAUUUAUUCUCCAGGAACCGUUAAACGGCGCCCAUUGCCUUCUGCUAAUAUACUUUCGGCAGCUACGAACCUUUCUAACAUUUCUUUGACACCUGGUAAUGGCAGCAGCUCUUUGAUGAAUGUCCAGGACGAUGAUGCGGCUUCGGAUAUAUCAGACAUUUCGGACCGUAAACAUGACACCGAAGGAGAGGAAACUGAUACAGCUCCCGAGGCAGAAGCAGUAAACAAUGAUAAUUUUGAUGGAUAUGGAGAUUAUGUCACUAGGUGUAUUUGCGGCUUUCUUCACGAUGACGGCUAUAUGGUUGAAUGUGAUAGGUGUAAAGUUUGGCAGCACGUCCAGUGCGUCGUUAAAAAUAGACAGAUUCCCGACGAAUACUUGUGCGAAGCUUGCGAUCCAACCAAACCAAUAGACAGGCAGAAAGCGCGGAUGGCUCAGCAGCAGUGGUUGCGCGAUAGGCAGUUUGUGGAUCCCAAGUUGAGGAAAGAUACUAAAAUGAAAGAGGCGUUCAAGCCUAAAGAAACUAUCAGCGAUACUGAUUCGUCUGAUGGGGAGCAUGUUGCGCAUAACAACAAUGUUGUAAAUAAAAACAGAAGUCUUGCCAGUAGAAGAAAAAGUGAUAAUCAUCAGAAACAGGCGAUUUCCAGGCAGAGGAGGGAAGUUCAGAAGGAAGUUGUACAGAGGCGCCAAAAGAGGAAGGAAAGGAAAAUAGUUCGUAAGAAG